GAGCCCCUGCCCUGCCCUUCUUCACCGCCUUCACCGUCUUCACCAGUUCACCAGUUCACCGGCUCACCAGUUCACCCAUCCAGUUGUUCCUCUUCUUCACUCUUCUUCACCAACCUUCGGUCUUUCUUUCUUCGCCAUCUUCACCAUCUUCACCAGAAAACCUAUGCCUAAAAUUGCCCAAAAUCGCCCAAAUUUGCUGAACCCAAACUCGCCUGAAAUUGUUGAAAAUCAUCUUGAUUUUCUUCACCCAAAUCACGCACCAUCUUCACCACUUCACCCGAUCGGUUGCUCCUCGUCUCCACCCUUCUUCUCUAUAUGUUCUGGCUUUCUUUCUUUCUUUGCCAUUUUCACCGAAACCCACAAAAUCCUACACCCAAAAUCGCCCAGAAUUGCCCAAAAAUGCCGAACCCAAAAUUGCCCAAAGUUGCCAAAAAUCAUCUUGCUUUUUCUUCCCCCAAUCAUGGAAUCACCCAAAUGUUGGAGCAAUUGCUGUUAACCGUCGAAUUUUUCAUUUAUUUUGUUUUGAUUUUGGGUUGUGAUAGUUACUGUUAAUCAUGAAUUUUCUUGUUGAUUUUGUGUUGAAUUUGGGUUGGUAAGAUCUGUUAUUAAUUGUUGUUGAUUUUGGGUUGUGCUGUGGUAUUAUGGUUGAUUUGGAUUUUGAUACAUAUAGUUUUUGUUUUAUAUUGCUGUAGAAGGAUGAUGAGGCUUGAGCUGAAUUUUGGAUUACAUGUUACUGGAUAAGGAGCAAACACUGAUGAAUGAGCUCCUAUAAUUGAAUUUGGACGAGCUCCUGUAAUUGAAAAGAGAGAAUUCGAACCUGCUCCUGUAAUUGAAAAGAGAGAAUUUAGACCUGCAUGGAGAGAUUAACCAGUUGAAGAAUUUGAACUCUGAAAUGGGAAAAAAGCUCAGGGAUCAAGAGAUGGUUGCUUCAAUUUGGUUGAAUUUGAAAAUGUGUUUUCUGCAAUAUUGCUUAUUUGGCAAUUAAGUUGUAUUAGAUAGUUUUCUGCAUUUGUAGAGGGUCUUUUUAUCUGCUUUUGUAAUGUACCCCUUAUGCCAAACCAGGCAAUCUUCUAUGUACUGCAAAUGUGAAAUGGAAUAUGACUCUUUUUUGGUCAUGUUAAUUGCCAAAUUAUGUCUAUCUUUUGAGCAUUUUCAGCUAUAUAAAUGCAAGAUUUGCUU